GCCAUGGCGGCGGCUUGGCUCUGCACGGGCAGGACUGCAGCCUGCACAGCAGCACCUUUUGGGAGAUCGCUGCAGAAGGAGCUCUGGACAAGGCCAUGGAGAAGGGAAGCUGCUCGCCUGCCCUGGAUUGCUGGUUCGUGGCAGUGUUUGCAGUCACAAAUCCAGCGAGCUCACGGUGCCAGGAGUUACCUCAGGAGACCCCGAGAGCCGUCCGUGUGCCUGUCCCACUUGGCCCCUGCUGCUGUGGUCCAGCAGAAGGCUGUGCGUGGCAGGACAGAAGAGUUCAAACUGGUCUACAGGUUCCCAGGGAUAAAAUACUGCAGGAUCCUGUCGAGACUGAAGCUGCUGCAGACUGCCACCUCCAUGAUCAUGCUGCCUCCCAUCUGCUACCUCUACCUGCAGGGCCAGGUGUCCCAGAAUAUCCUCCUCUACACAACUGGCAUCGCUGUCUUUGCUGGGGCAAUGCUGUAUGGUAUGAGCUACUUUUUCAGAAGAGUUAUUGGAUUUAUCUACUUGAGUGAAACUGGACAAACUGUCAGAGUGGCCCACUUGACAUUUUGGGGAAGACGUAAUGACAUUUACUGUCCCAUAGAGACAGUGGUGACUUUGGAUGAAGUUGGAGAUAGCAAGGACGAGCUCCUUCACCAGUUCAAGCGGUAUAACAGUACAGAUACUUUGUAUUUUACAAUUAAGUAUGGCCAGAUUGUAGACAGACAGAAAUUUACUCAAAUAUUUGGAGCAUUUGUGUGACACAGCAGCUCAUUUCUAAUGACUUUCCAUGUUCCAUGUCCAUUGUGCUUAUUAUUCCAUGAGGUUAAAGUAGUUCACCAAACUACACAUCCCUGUCCAUUUCCUGUGCAAAGCCUGCUGUAAGUGCACCCAGUGUAAAAAGUCACAGUGGUAAGGCACUGCCCACUGGAUUAAAGGUUCAACCUCAGUGUUUCUUUUAGGUCAUUUCAGGUUGGCUGGGAAGCCUCUGGAAAUUAAAGCUGGUCUGGUACGUCCAUAUGAUGGGCACUGCUGAAUGUCAGAGAGGGACGUGCUCAUGUAUCAGUGCAAUUGAGGGAAUGGGAAGGUGUGUGGGCUGUCCUGGCCUCAGGAGGGUCCUCCAGGAUGGGAGUGGAGCUGGGCAAAAGAGACACUGGCAGCUCAGCUGUUAAGUUCAAGGCUGAGACAGUAUUUCAGGAGCCUCUUACAGGAAUUGCCAUUCUUCAUUGGAAUGGGAAAAGCAGCACCUGUCUCCAUGAAGGACUGUGGUCUUAUUCCAUGAUAUUGGUAUGAGUUCUCCUUUUCCAAAACCUCAGUAGAAAUGAGGAAUUUAAACCCAAGAAAGAACCAAAUAUAUCACCUAUAAUGUGUAACACAUGUUUUGAAUUGUCAGAAGCAAGAUAACUCCUUACACCCCUCCUAGUUCUAGCUUAAUGUGAAACUGGCAAAUAAACUGACUCUCACCAA